GAGUACGGCUGGUACGGCGCUGCGGCUGGGUCCAUCUCUACUCUCCUGGCGAGAGUCCGUCUCCUAAGGGCAGAGUUUUAAAUCGCGUUCAACUAAAACCCUCGCGUCGCCGUGGCUGCCUGAAAGAUUGGCGACAAUGAUCGUCACCUUAAAGACGUUACAGCAGCAGACGUUCAAAAUUGAAGUGGACCCGUCAGAAACGGUGAAAGUAUUUAAAGAAAGGAUAGAAGAGAAAAAGGGCAAGGACUACCCUGCACAAUGCCAGAAACUAAUAUAUGCAGGCAAAAUCCUCAGCGAUGACUCCAAAAUGAGCGAGUAUGACAUUGACGAAAAGAAGUUUGUGGUCAUCAUGGUCACCAAGCCCAAACAGUCGAUUGAUGCGACGGCCACGACACCGGGGCCUGGUGCGACAUCAACGGUGGCAUCUGCGGGGAUGGCAAGCGGCACCGCCACACCUGCGGCUGUGGCAGCGACUGGAAAGCCGGCUGCAGAAGCGCAAAAGCCUGCGGAGGCCCCCAGCGGCGCCUCCAAAAGUCCAACGCAGUCACCGACGCAUUCUGCGGCAACCACACCUACCUCACGGCCAACAGCCGAGACUGGUGGCACGGGCCUGGCGAUGGCGGCCUCGGCGCUGGUGAUGGGCGACGAGUACGAGCGCAUGGUGCAGCAGAUCAUGGAGAUGGGCUACGAGCGGCCGCAGGUGGAGAGGGCCCUGCGCGCCAGCUUCAACAACCCCGACCGGGCCGUUGAGUACCUCCUGACGGGCAUACCCCCGUCGCAGCAGGACCCAGCGGAAGAGAGCCACGGUGCUGCGGAAGAGUCUGAGGGCACCCCUAGGAGUGUGCCGAGUGACACGGCCAUGUCGUCGCCACAGUCGCAGCAUGGCACCGGCGGUGGUGGUGGUGGUGGGACCCCGAGCGGGCCACUGCUUGAUGCCUUGGCCGCAGAGGGCGCCGGUGGCAACCCUGAAGACCCGCUGGCCUUCCUUCGGUUCCAGCCACAGUUUCAGCAGAUGCGGCAGGUGAUUCAGCAGAACCCGCAGCUGCUCAACGCAGUGUUGCAGCAGCUUGGCCAGUCUAACCCCCAGCUCCUGCAGCUCAUCUCGAGGAACCAGGAGGCGUUUGUGCGAAUGCUGAACGAGCCAAGUCCGCCACCGGGUGCAGCAAGCCAGGGCAGUGGUGGUGGUGGUGCGCCAGGUGGUGGCCUUGCAGGCCUUGGUAGCGGAGGAGCACCCAUCGAAGUCAACUACGGCCAGGUCACGCCACAGGACAAAGAGGCCAUCGAGAGGCUGAAGGCGUUGGGCUUUCCAGAGUACCUGGUCGUGCAAGCCUACUUCGCCUGCGAUAAAAAUGAGAACCUGGCUGCCAACUUCCUGCUCUCGCAAAACUACGACGACUGACGCCUCUCGACGCCGUGCCUUAAGCCCUCCUAUACCACAGACCUCCGUUCGAAGCCGCGGGUCCCCCACUCGACCCCAUCCUCGGUUUUCUGCUCGCCUGACAUAAAAAUAUGAAAACAAAUCAAAUGAGGAAAACAAAGUGACAACUCGGGUGUUCGUGCGUUCGAGACAGCUUCUUUGCGCCUUUUCGUGUUUCACUUUUUAACGGGGGGUAUUUAAAGGAUGAGAGCGUAAGGGGACAAUAAAAUUUAAAAAAAGAAAAGGUAACGAGCAGAAAUCUUACAACCACCCACGUGACCGAAGGCGACGGCCUACCUGUUUUGACGUCACCGGCGCUUCGCGUGACGUCAUCGGUCGCUGUUUCCGGGCGGUCCACGAGCAGCUGCUGCUUCGACGGUCGGUUUCCUUUUGUUUUGCUUUUUUUUUUUCUUUGGGAGUAAGGGCGUGUGUUUGUGUUGAUACAUAUUUUUUUUUCUGUACAGGAUAAGUUUGCAUUAAAUGAAGUGCAAGAAUGGUUGUAAUUGAGAGAGAGAUAAAAAAAAAAUACUGGCAAUAUGCGGUGGUAUUCGCGCAGUGUUUUGCGGUCUGGGCGAAUUGCACUGCGGGUUUGCCGAAUGCUUGCUGUUCCUGUACGCGGUUUAUAGCGUGUUGAAAAUAAAUGACUCAUUCGCAACGACAA